GGGGCCCUGUGACGCCACAGAGGCGUCGAACGCAAGGGAGGUGACUGACGGUGGGGCCGGGAAGAAGGGCCUCGGCGGAGGCGGCUGCUGUUGACUCGCCGCUCGGGGGUCGAAAGGAGCGGGAGGAGGCCCGGCCAUGGCGGCGUGUAACACCUGCGCCGCAGCCGCGCGGCUCCUCAGCUCCUCGCUGCCUUCGGCGCGCCUAGGUGUUACCUGUGGCCGUUCCCACCUUCCCGUUUUGGGAUUCAUUGGAACGUUUAAAACGCGAUCGCUAAGAAAUAUUCCAUUUAGAACGUUUUCGGCCACCCCGGUGUACUUUGCUUCGAAAGACGGCACGAGCAAAGACGGUUCUGGAGACGGCGGCAAGAAAACGGUUGGCGAAGGCGGCAGUAAAAAGUCGAGUUCCGGAAGCUCCGGCAAAGGCGGAAACCAGUUGCGUUGCCCCAAGUGCGGUGAUCUGUGCACACACGUGGAGACUUUUGUGUCUUCUACCCGCUUUGUGAAAUGUGAAAAGUGUCACCACUUCUUCGUCGUGCUGUCCGAAGCAGACUCCAAGAAGAGUAUCGUCAAAGAGCCGGAGUCGGCAGCCGAAGCUGUGAAGUUGGCUUUCCAGCAGAAGCCCCCACCGCCUCCCAAAAAAAUCUACAACUACCUCGACAAGUACGUGGUCGGCCAGUCUUUUGCCAAGAAGGUGCUUUCGGUCGCCGUAUACAAUCAUUACAAGAGAAUCUACAACAACAUCCCAGCUAAUCUAAGGCAGCAAGCUGAGGUUGAAAAGCAGACCUCCUUAACACCGAGAGAAUUAGAGAUCAGAAGACGGGAGGAUGAGUACAGGUUUACAAAACUUCUCCAGAUCGCUGGGAUCAGUCCCCAUGGCAAUGCUUUGGGAGCAUCCAUGCAGCAGCAGGUGAACCAGCAAAUGCCCCAGGAGAAACGGGGAGGGGAAGUGUUAGACUCUGCCAGCGAUGACAUCAAGCUUGAAAAAAGUAAUAUCUUGCUGCUUGGACCAACCGGAUCAGGUAAGACCUUGCUGGCUCAGACUCUUGCAAAAUGCCUCGACGUCCCUUUUGCAAUCUGUGACUGCACCACUUUGACUCAAGCGGGUUAUGUCGGCGAAGACAUCGAGUCUGUUGUUGCAAAACUCCUGCAGGAUGCCAACUACAAUGUAGAAAAAGCUCAACAAGGAAUUGUUUUCCUGGACGAAGUGGACAAGAUUGGCAGCGUGCCAGGCAUCCACCAGUUACGGGACGUGGGAGGAGAAGGCGUUCAGCAAGGCCUGUUAAAGUUACUGGAAGGCACAAUAGUGAACGUUCCAGAGAAGAAUUCCCGUAAGUUACGUGGCGAGACCGUGCAGGUGGACACAACCAACAUCCUCUUCGUCGCUUCUGGUGCUUUUAAUGGCCUGGACCGAAUCAUCAGCAGAAGGAAAAACGAAAAGUAUCUUGGCUUCGGAACCCCAUCAAACCUGGGGAAAGGCAGACGAGCAGCCGCCGCCGCUGACCUCGCUAACUUGGGCGGAGAGUCUGACACCCAGCAAGAUAUGGAAGAGAAAGACCGGUUGCUGCGGCACGUGGAAGCCAGGGAUCUCAUUGAAUUCGGCAUGAUCCCCGAGUUUGUGGGACGCUUGCCGGUCGUGGUCCCCCUACACAGCCUCGAUGAGAAAACCCUGGUGCGAAUUCUUACAGAGCCUCGGAACGCUGUGAUUCCCCAAUACCAGGCAUUGUUCAGCAUGGACAAGUGUGAACUGAACGUUACCCAGGAUGCUCUAAAAGCUAUAGCCAAGUUGGCUCUGGACCGCAAGACGGGAGCAAGAGGCCUUCGGUCUAUAAUGGAGAAGUUGCUGCUAGAACCGAUGUUUGAAGUGCCCAAUUCGGACAUUGUGUGCGUGGAGGUGGACAAAGACGUUGUGGAAGGGAAAAAGGACCCCGGAUACAUCAGGGCAGCCGCUAAAGAAUCUUCAGAAGAAGAGUACGAUUCGGGCGUGGAAGAGGAAAGUUGGGCUCGCCAAGCGGAUGCUGCAAACAAUUAAAUGCCGUCAGCAUAACAACCCCGUUGGAAAGGCACUUAAUUUUAUUUUUAUUUUGAGACCACCACCCACCACCACCCCUGGCUGCGUGCAGCCUCCUAAUAACAUUGGGUCUCUCCUUAAAACGAUACGUGAUCUGCAGACUUUUGACAACGCUAAUGGGGAUCAGAUCAUGUAUUUCUGGUAGUAUCACAUUGAUUUAUUCAUUGGACACUUGACCUGCAGAGGUAUGAACAGCAUAUGACUUUUUCAGCGUCUUUUUUCUUUUUCUUUGUAGGGCUGAGCCAGAGAUGGGGGUAGGGGGGGCACGCCGUGUGAACGUUUCCCCUUUGAAGCUCACCCUUUCCUGCCCUUUUUGGCACUCUUUGAGGGGAAAGGAGCGUUGGCAGUUUCGUGCUUUGUAGGGAGGAGCGCCACAGGCAAAAAGGAUCUCCCCACCUUCUUUAGCACCUGCCAUUGCAGUUGUGGCGCCAGCUCUCUGUUGGGUUGGGUGCGACUUUGGCAUUCCCACCGCACCCCCCGCUCUCACAUAAUCCUUCCUAGUUAGUGACUUCUGCAUGCAGCCAAACAGAUUGUUUAGACUGCGUUGAGAGCGUCAGAGAAGUCAAGUUAAACUAGGCGGGACAGACUCCGACAGAUUGUGUCUUGUCCGUUUUCUAGGAAGAAAGAGAGGUAUUUGUCAAACACAGCACCCAUCCUAGACCACAGUGUGAGGCAUCAGUGUGGAGAAAGGUAAUCUUCUGAGGGUCUUUCAGGAAGAUUUGGACCCCUAAACGUGCCUUUUUGCACACUGGAAAACCUUUGCGGGGAUGCUUUUGGCUCAGCUGUAGGGUUUUUGGGGUUUUUUUUCUUUUCAUUCCCAGAAGGCAAUGCUGAUAUUUCCAAUAGUCACAGAAUUUUAAUGAUAAAAACAGCAGGAGGGGCAGGGGUGAUUAAGCAUACAUCUCUUCCGGAUAUAUCUUGCUCCUUUUGUUUGAAGAUCACUCAGCAUGGAAGUGAAGUAUGAAAUAUCUCUUUAUUUAAAUGCUGUGGGUGCUGGAGUUACUCGUUACAUUUAUCCUGAAAACAGUCCUUUAAAAACUGGAUUCUUAAGGCUUUGAGACACGAGGCCUCCGUUCUCUGGUCCACGCCCUCCAGCAUAGGUGCGUUCAAACCCCUGGGACUGGUCUGGAGCAAGUGAGUUGUGAACCGUGGCUAUAUUUCAGAGCAUCUUCAACCACUUUAUCACACGUAACGCAGUGCGUUAAAUAAUUGGGUAAAAUACCAAAGGUUCCAGAAGUAUUUACUUGACUUUAAAUAAAGGGGUUUUUGGAGGGAACAUGAAUCUUGUGAGAACAGGUGAACCCGGGACUUGUGACACCUUUCUUCGAUGGAAUGAACGGAGACAGGAAGGACAAAAAAAAACCCCAUAGAAUAUUUAAAAUUCUAUGCCAAUAUUUUAAUAUAGUACAUUUUAUUGAACGUACUGGAACCAUCAUGCAUCAGUUUUUUGGUGCCAGGUAUUUUUGUCCCAACCGACCUUCUUAUAACAUUAAGAUACACGAGGAAGUAACGUCUAAUUGUAUAAUAUUUCUUUUUCCUGUAAUCAGUUAGUGACCGUUCGCACGGGAUCCUUAUUUAAGUUAUAUGCUUCAGUGCUGGUCUUGCAUCUCGUUAAUUUUAAAAAUUUUCAGCCGAGACAAUGCCGCUUUGUUUUACAGUUAACUCUAUCUUUUAGUAGAGUAUUUGUAAAAAAAAACACAAAAAAACCCCCAACCCCAAACAAGCAAAACGCAAAAGGACUUGUACGUUUUUGAUCCACUUCUGAAAUAAAAAUCUAUACCUAA